AUGGAUAAUAAACAGCGACGCCUCGAUUCAGACAUGUCGCACGAUCCACAUGCCCUUGACGAUUGCGCGAUCGGAGACUCUGACGAGGACGAUGAAGAGGUGGUUCAAGCCCAAAGAAGUUUGGCACAGGCUCGAAUGCAGAAGCAAAAAUCGCCUGAAGCUUUACGCCGAAAGGUGAUCCCUUUUCAUUGGGCGCCGAUGCUCUCCCCUCUUACCUCGGCCGACGUGAAUGCAUGCGAAGCCCUAGAACAUGCUGCGUUGCCAGACCAGAGCCAAGCCUGCACCAAAGACCAGAUCGAGUAUUGUCUGAGGAGAUGUGGAAACAUUUGCUUCGGGCUGUUUAACACGUAUCGCCCAUGUGACGCACAAAGUUGGCAGAUCAGAACAUUGCCUUUUGCCCGUCCCGUAGAGACCGGUAGAGUAGACGGGUCUAUGCGUGUCAUGUUCGCCCACAUAAUUGCUACCUUGGGAAAGAGACUGUACGUGACAGAUCAUGACAUUUUAAUACCUCACAAUUGGCGGGAUCCAUCAGCUUCAUGCAACUCCCCUCUAGGUCACCAGGUAUCAGGAAGAACAAUAUGCCUGCAUUCCUUCUCGGUAUGUCCCGAAGUUCAAGGUGUCGGGAUUGGGAAGACGGCCAUGAAAGCAUACAUCCAAAUGAUGAAUGAGUCAGGAAUAGCUGAUCGCAUUGCUCUCAUUUGCAAAGAGUCUCUCAUCGGCUUUUUCAUCCAAGUUGGUUUUACCUGCGUCGGGAAAAGCGAAACGAAGGUUGCCGGUCCUGACUGGCACAACAUGGUGCUCAACCUUCCCGGCCCCCAAGGACCAAUGCGCUUCAACCGACCAGACAAGAACAAGAGCGUGUGA